AUGUCAUAAAUAUUAUGUCAAUUUACAAACUUGGUACUGUGCCCGUUGUUUCAGUUUUUAUCGCUUAAUGCUUAAUUUAUAUUCGAAUAAUAUGUAUUCCGUGUUUGUCUGAGAACUAUAUCGAUGAGCGAUAUAAAAUUCUAUAGUUAUUUUGGAUUAUAUCAUUGAUUGUGUGAAUUUGAAGAUGGCGGACUGGGCAGCGGUCAGACAUCAAUUUAAACAAACUUGGAUAACUUCUUUUCUAAGUCUAAUUUUAUUUUGUGGUGUUACAUAUUUCCUGUUAUGGGCAGAGAAUCAAACAAUCCAAAGUAAUUUAAUGCUUGAGGAAUUAGUAUCAGCUGCUGAGAGUAUCGACGUCCACACGGGAGAUGAAGCGGCGCGUUACGAAGGUCGAGUGGUCCACAUAGUUGGCCCCCUCAGAAUAUUGGAGCCAAUAUCUGAGCCAGACUAUAAUAUACAAGUACAAGCAGUUAAACUGAGAAAGAGAGUACAAAUGUAUCAAUGGAUUGAAGAGACUACAGAACAAGAAAACUUCUUAAGUGAACCUGCGGACGAGUCUCGUAAGACCUACUGGUACCACAAAGACUGGCGGGACUAUGUGGUUGAGUCAUCUCUGUUCUACAUCAGACCGGGCCACCACAAUCCUCCUUCCAUGCCAAUGUUCAGUGAGACGCAUAUUGCUGAAAAUGUUAAGAUUGGAUGGCUUUAUUUAGGUAUGGAUGCAAAGCGCAAAGUGAAUGACUACUAUGAGAUUUGGUCUGACUCUAGACCAGAGCGCAGUGAUAUCAAACUUCACUCUGGUUUCUACUACCAUGGUGAAAGUGCUUUGGAACAUGAAAUAGGUGAUCUUCGCAUCCAUUUCUCUUAUGCUGGACGUGAGGAUGAUAUUUAUACAGCAGUGGGAGUGGUAGAAGGUGGCAACCUUCAGGCAUAUAGUCCUACAAGAUUCCCGACGGCUGAUCCCAUCUGCCUCCUGCGUAAAGGCUCCUACAGUCUGAAGCAACUGCAUGACUUGGAGAGAAGGGAUGUCAAUGUGCACACAUGGAAGUAUCGGCUGGUGGGAUUUGUUCAGGUGGUCGCUUCUGCGAUGACUUUACACCCUGAUUGGGUGACAUUAUUUUUACAAUGCCAGUGGAUAUCAAGCAGUCUAAGGAGGUGCACAAGGUUUUGGGUGAACUUAGUCCUGUCUUUUUCCUACACAUUAUUCAUCAUUGCUAUUCCUUGGUUGGUCCACAAACCGACAUACGGUGCCAUAGUGCUAGGAGCCGCAAUGGUCCCUCUACUGCACUAUUCAACUAUACUAACGCGACGAGACGCCACGCCCGAGCCCCCACCAUAUAGCAGGAUUAACAACAACACACAUUUGAAUUGAACAACCCGCUUUAAAGGGAGCUGGAGCAAUGAAACUACAUAUGUGGUGUAAGGAUAAGACCAUUUUUGGGAGAACAGCUUAUUCAAGCUUUCAUGGUAAUCAGCUAAUUCACUAUUAUUUGAGAUUCUGUUUUUGUAUUGAAUUAUAUCUAUGUAUGUAGGUAUGCAUUUAUGAUGUUGUUGGUGCCAUGAUUAAGAUGAGGUCGUAAAUCUUUGAAGGGGUACAUUCAAAGAUUUAUUCAUUCAUCAUCAAUUUAUUUAUUAUUCAUAUUCUCCAUGAAUAUUAUGUGAUCUAUAAUUUUGUACCAGUACAAAGUAAAAUCCCUGUUUUCCUAGUGACAUAUACUUAAUUUGUCUGAUAGAUAUUCAUUUUUGUGCUUUGUUCACAUUACAACUGGAAUAUUGUAUUUUAUUAGAAAAUCAUAAUCUAUAUUAUUUAUUUAUUAUAUUUUUGAGGAUAUUAAUAAGUAAUGGAUUUGUAAUCCACAUCUAUUAUCUAGUCUGAAUGUCGUUAGUUAAUAUUGUAAUAAUAGAUUAUAGAUUAAGUAGACUGAUUGUACUUAUCGUAAAAUUAAUAUAACAACCGUACAAAAUAGAGACCCUGUCCAAAUAUAAUAAUGAUCAUCCUAUAUUGCUAAGAUUUUUGCGUAAUACCUAAGAAGACACAAAUGUAAGUACAUAAAAUCAUAUUAAUAUUAAUUAUUAAUUUUAUACUCUGAAAACACAUUUAAACUAUUGAUAAUAAUAUCUACCAAAUAAACAUAAAUAAGUGUUAAUUUACGUGGUUUUUGUAACUUUAAAAAUAUAUGGGACACAGGUAUAAUAUAAGUUAAGGAACUUUGCCAAACGCACGAUAAUGUGAUAUAGUGGUGACAGGUUUUUAUUUCUUAAAAAUAAUUUUCUAUAGCCUGUCUUCCGAGAGGCCUGGCUCGCGAAAGCAAUUCCUAUUGUGACAGAAAACGCUCGGUCGGUUUGCGAAUUGUACUUUAGUGGGUAAAUAAACUAUCAAAAAUAAACUAUGGUAGACGUUUCGUGUCGAUACAUUUGAAUUCGUAAUUUUGCUUUGAGUGCACUUUAACUUACAAUGAUCUGAUUUAUAAUCAUAGCAAUAUUUAAGCAGUUAAAAACUGUAUUAAUUCAAUUAAUAAUAGUAUAUAGCAUUUAUUUCCUACAUUUUCAGCACAGGCAUAGAUAGAAUUAACAACGUAAUUUAAUAAAUUUUACUCGAAUAUAACUAUUUCAUAUCCUGUACAAGGUACAUAGGUGAACCAAUUACUAAAAUAAGUCUAGCUUUUAAAGUUUUUACCUUUAUGGGUAUUUAUGUAGUUGGCAACACAGAAGUAUAAUAGUAGUACACUUUAUCGCUUCAGUGUCCUUCCUAUUUUACUAAAGCACAUACAUGCUUCCAAAUAAUUCAAGUAUAUUGGAUACCCCGGGUUGUGAAUAUGUAAUAAUUGCAUUUUAAAGUUCUGUCUCUCUGACUGCCGCUAAUCUUCUUUGUAUGGAAUACUAUUUUGAAAAAAUAAACAUCUCAUAAACUUUUA